GUGGCCACCACCAGCGUUUCUCGGAUCCGUUGCGUUUCCCCGCUCGUUUCGCGAUCGCGACUGAAGAGCGGGCGGAGAAACCAGUGCGAUCAAGGGCGGAGAUGUCGAGGGUCCGACGCAGCGCCGGUCUAUUUCAUCAGCUAUACUCUCUCCUUCUCUCUCUCUCCUCUCUCUUCCUUUGAUCAUCCCAGAUCCGCGUUUCCUCCGAGGAAUCUGCGAUGGCUCUUCGAUUGUUCCCAGGUGCUUCUAAGACAAUUUUGCAAGUGGACUCUUCACUUAAUUCGAAAUCUUUAUUAUGGAGAGUUCCUGAAGAACCUCAAAGACUCAUCUCCUCAGGGGCAUUCCAAAAACAAUUUCUGCAUGUAAAGGCCUCACAAAAUACAUCAUCCUUGACUACUAAUGCUGAUAUAAAUAAGAAGAAUGCAACUGCAACAUUGCGGAAGAAAAAUGUUUACAAGUCAACAUUUCCUAGUGGAUUUCAGACGCUGGUUGAGGAGGUAUGUGACCAGACAGAUGUUGCAGAGCUCAAACUAAAGGUUGGUGAUUUUGAAAUGCUUCUGAAAAGAGACACAGGAAAUUCAAAGGCUCCAAUUUCAGUUUCAGCUCCUAUUGAGUCACCUACUACUGCACCACCAAUUCCAAGCAAGCCAAUGGUGGAAACUAUUUCUUCUCCCUCUCCUGUUGCGGAACAGGAAUCUGCUGCAGCAACCUUCGGUUCAUUUACCAACACCUCUGCAGCAAAGACAUCGAAGUUGGCUGCUUUGGAUGCUUCUGGACAGAAUGCAUAUGUUCUAGUAUCAUCAUCUACGGUUGGUUUAUUUCAAAGAGGAAGAACAUUGAAAGAGAAAAGACAGCCUCCUAGCUGUAAAGAGGGUGACAUCAUCAAAGAAGGGCAAAUCAUCGGUUUCUUGGAUCAAUUUGGAAAUGAACUUCCUGUUAGAUCAGAUGUUGCUGGAGAAGUAUUAAAGAUAAUCUACGAGGAUGGAGAAGCUGUUGGCUAUGGUGACCCACUUGUUGCCGUUCUGCCAUCAUUCCAUGGGAUAAAGUGAGUCAAUUUUAGUGAAACUCUCCUAUGCUGACAUUUUUUUGCUGAGGAAUUCAUUCAAGAGUGCUUAAAUCUUUGAAUCCUUCGUAGUAAACCCAUAAUUCUAAAGUUAUUUUGAUUGUCAGAACCAAUAUUCUUUUUUCAGAUCUGGGAUAUGAUGUUUCUUUUUGUGUACUGUUGAGUCAUGUCAUGAUUUUUCAGUAAAGGAUAUCAAUAUAUAACGCCAUAAGAAUUCACUUGUCA